ACCGGAGGCUGGGAGGGGCUAAAACCAGAAAUGUACAAUUUGAGCGAGAAAGCUAAGUCUGUUCUAAGGGAACUACAACUCUCAGCACUUUACUAGAGCUUUCCAAUUGGUAGCUGAUUCUGGGAAUUGUAGUUCCGAGCGCUAUUACCUGACUGGCCCCUCCCACUGACUGGGGCGGCUUCCUUACAUGACGUCAUUGCAGGGCGGAGCGGUGCGGGCCAAAAACGCGGGAAAUUCGGGGAUUCAGGAGGUUGGAGUCCGGGGUCUAGCCAGGUCUUGGGCAGAAUACCCCCCCCCCAUGGCCCCCAUUACAGUCAGGCACAUUGUGUCCUUCAGCUCCCAGGAUCCCAAACACCCGGUGGAAAAUCUCCUUAGUGAGAUCUCGGCGCAGCCCUGGCUGAUCUCCCCCCGGGAGCGGGGCGGGCACCUGAGGGCGGAGCUACAGCUGGAGAAGGCGUGUCACAUCGCUUACGUUGAUAUCGGGAACUGUGGUUCUGCCUUCCUGCAGAUCGAUGUGGGUCGCUCCAGUUGGCCUUUGGACAGACCCUACGUGACUCUGCUCCCCAGCACCACCCUCAUGUCCCCCGCAGAUUCCAAGCAGAGAAGGGGCCCCAACGGGGUGCGGAUGUUCAAAGAAGGGGACUUUCUGGUCGACGCCAGCGCCGAGAGGUGGGACCGGGUUCGGAUCAGCGCCAGUCAGCCCUUUAAUAAGAGAGAUUUAUUCGGCCUCUCGUUCAUUCGCUUCCGCUCUGCGCUGGAGGAGGAGCAACACGAGGCCGAAGGGCCGCCCCCCAAGAGCGAGGAUCCCAAGAUGGACAGAACUCCCGACUCCGAGACCCCCCAACUUACACGGGGAACAGAGAGCAGGAGAGAGAACCCCCCCGAGGGAGAGGGGCAGAAGAGCCAAAACCGAUUGCCCCCCUCUAGGGUUCCCCCCCACACCGCUAACCCCGCCUGCCUGAGCCGGACGGCGCUGAUGGUUCUGACUGCAGCCAAGUCACGCAAGCGCCGAUUCGCCGACACAACCCCCCCGGCCCCACCCUCGCCCCACGUGUUGGGAGAGAAGAGCCCAGUGCCCUCAGGCUCUAACCCCGCCCACACCCCUCCUACCCCCCCACAGAAGGAGGCCAGGAAUCUGCUUGGCAGAAGGAGGCUGAGGAUGGAGGGCCCCCCGGGAAGGGUCAGAGCACGGGGGCCCGAGCGACAGGCAGCGGAGAUGGGGGGCCCCCCGGGAAGGAGGGGCCAUCGCCCCAGGACACCGAGACCCGCGGGGAAGGAGCAACAGUGCAGCAGCUGCCCCAUAUGUGGAGGGUACUUCCAGCUGCGUUACCUCCCUAGCCACGCCUCCACGUGUGGAGAGGACCCGCCCCCCAGAGUGGUCUCCUUGUCUCUAUCAGAAGAUUCUUCCUCCUCCGACACCGACACGGACAUUAUUAUUCCUGAGGAGGCGGAGUCCUGGGUCUCCUGCCCCAUCUGUUCCUUCCGCUUCCCUAGCAACGAGAUCGAGAUUCACGCCAACACCUGCGGGGAAUAGUCACAUGUGCCACUGGCUCCUCCUCUGGGGUGUGGCUCUACGGCUGAUCCCACCCACAUAACUGACUCUGUAACCUCCCAAGAAGAGAAUAAUUGGACCAAUCACAGAGGAGAAUCUCCCCACAAUAUGAACUAAUCCGUAUUAUCAUGAGACUGUAUAGCAGCCCCCGGGGGGCCCCUCGGAGCCCACUCUGUACAGACUGUAGGGUGAAUGUGUUUUGAUACAGGCCUGUAAGAGUUAAUAAAGGCCAAGGUAUCCAACAUCAUUGCAAGUACCGGAAACAGA